ACUAACAAUGUUCUUAAUCCAAACAAUUGAAAUGAAUGCAUGAAUUCGCAUAAUAAAUGCAACGAAACAACAACCAUCAAAGAAGAAGAAUGAAAAUUGAACGGUGUCCGUUUGGUGAAUGAUCGAUCAUAAAUGAGUUCCGUGUUGCUCCUUCUUCUCUUACCCUGCAAAUUCCACCAUUUUAUGCCGCAUCAUCUUCUUCCCACUCCUCAUUUGUGGCUGUAAAUUCCAUUUCUUAGCUCUUCCUUAACCAUCAAACACAUACAAGAACCAGAACAAGAACAAGGAAGGAACAACACACCAUAAUGCCGGAAAACCCGUAUGACCCUCUUCUCCAACUACCUCACGCCGGCGACGGCGGAACUGACCGGUCCAUUUGGUGGAAGAAACUGUUCGACAAAGAGGAGGUCAAGAAACAGCUCGCCAUUUCAUUUCCAAUGAUUCUCACUAAUGUCUUCUACUACCUAAUCCCUUUGAUUUCGGUCAUGUUCGCCGGCCAUCUCGGCGACCUCGAACUCGCCGGAGCUACUCUCGCCAAUUCCUGGGCCACCGUCACCGGAUUUGCUUUCAUGACGGGACUGAGCGGCGCAUUGGAGACACUCUGCGGCCAAGGGUUUGGGGCGAAAUUAUACAGAUUCUUAGGGAUUCAUCUGCAAUCUUCUUGCAUAAUCUCCCUCUCCUUCUCGAUUUUCAUUUCCCUUUUAUGGUUCUACACAGAACCCGUCUUGAAAUUGCUGCAGCAAGAUCCUGAUGUGUCGAAAACGGCGGCUCGGUAUGUGAAAUUUCUGGUUCCUGGGCUUUUCGCUUAUGGGUUUCUGCAGAAUAGUGUGAGGUUUAUUCAGGCUCAAUCGGAUGUUACGUUUCUGGCUGUGCUUUCUGCAAUUCCUCUGAUUCUUCACCUGGGUGUUGCUUAUUCUUUUGUGAACUGGACAAGUUUAGGGCUGGAAGGAGCUGCUUUGGCUGCUUCCAUUUCAUUGUGGGUGGCUUUUCUGGCUGUGGCUAUUCAUGUGUUUAAGUCUCAGAAAUAUGAACUCACAUGGGGAGGAUUCUCUGUUGAAGCUUUCAGUUAUAUAUUUGUCAAUUUGAAACUUGCUUUGCCCUCUGCUGCAAUGGUUUGUUUGGAGUAUUGGGCAUUUGAAAUUCUUGUGUUCUUGGCUGGAUUGGCUCCAAACUCUGAAACUAAUACAUCUUUGAUUGCAAUUUGUGUAAACACAGAAGCCAUUGCCUACAUGAUCACAUAUGGACUCAGUGCAGCUGCAAGCACAAGGGUGUCAAAUGAGUUGGGGGCAGGCAAUCCUGAGAGAGGAAGACAAGCCAUGUUUGUCACUCUUCUUCUCUCAGUCGUUCUAGGCCUCACAGUUGUCGUUCUUCUGGCAUUUGGCCAUAACAUUUGGGCUGGAUUCUUCAGUGAUAGUCCUGUGAUUACACAAGCCUUUGCCUCGAUGACACCCCUUCUCACCAUUUCCGUGCUUGCGGACUCGGUGCAAGGCGUAUUAUCAGGGGUGGCUAGAGGAUGCGGGUGGCAACACAUGGUUGUGCUUAUAAACUUGGUUACAUUCUAUCUUCUUGGUAUUUCAACUGCAGUCUUUUUGGAAUUCAGAAUGAAACUUUAUGCCAAGGGGUUGUGGAUUGGUUUGAUCUGUGGAUUGUUGUGCCAAACUUUGACACUAUCGAUAUUAAUAGUUCGCUCAAACUGGACUAGAAUUGAGCUCUCACAUCAUCAAGACAAACCAAAUCCAGCUUUGGCUUGAUUCUUAAUUCCAUGACCCCACAAAUUGAUAAGGAAGUUGAUGAAAUUAAACUCAAUUUUGGAUUCAUGGACAUGAAGAGCUGGAGUUUGGUUAAUUAGUGGUAUUUCAAUUUUUCUUUUAUUACUCGAAGCAUGUAUGUAUUUUUUAGUACAAUAAUUACAAAUAUGGAGAGUUGAAUCUUUGACCUUUGGGUCACGCCUAUCAUGAUUGACUAAAUUUACUUUGGCC